AUGCGUCGCUGCUGGGCACUGCUUGCCGCGGCAACAGUCCAUCGGCAAAGACGGGGGAUAAAACAGGGCAAUGAGACAUCCAACAAGUUGCAGCUGGAUACAACAAAGGCGGGGCUUUCCCGUGUAGACAAGGCACACGUCAACAAUGUCAUUGAAAAAUGUUCUAGAGGGUCGGCCUUUUACCUCAAUGAAGAGAGAAUGGAGGCGCAACGAAGGCAGCGUCAUGCGGAACUCGUGUCGAAAGCGGCAGCAUAUCCCCAUCUCUCUACAGCCGCCAAAAGUACACUAAGAAAAAAGGUAAAUAUGUGCGAGGCGGAGCUGGAGGCAGAGCGCCAGUUCCGCAAUUAUGUGCACGUGGACAUGGAUAUGUUUUAUGCCGCCGUGGAGAUGAAGAAGGAUCCCUCGCUUGUGGAUCUCCCGUUGGGUGUGGGGAGCUUCGAAAUGUUGUCCACAACCAACUACGUGGCGCGGCGGUACGGCGUGCGCUCCGGGAUGCCGGGGUACAUUGGCAGGAAGCUGUGCCCGUCGCUCGUUAUCGUGCCAACAGACUUUGAUGCGUACCACGCGGAGAGCGCCGUGGUGCGGGGCAUUGCGGCCGACUACGACCCCAACUUCACCAGCGUGGGCCUUGACGAGCUGACGAUGGAGGUGACGGCGUACCUGCGGGCCCACCCUGGCAUGACUGCGGCGGAUGUUGCGUCCGAGUUCCGCGCGCGCGUGUUCGCGGAGACGCGGCUGACUGCCAGUGCGGGGAUAGGCCCGACGGCGACGCUGUCAAAGAUUGCGAGCAACUACAAGAAACCGAACGGCCAGCAACGAACUGCAGCUGCGGACGCGAGCACAUGUUAUG